UGGGCGCAGUUCAGAUGUCGGAUGCUAGAGGACCGUCUUGUGUAAAAAUCUUGAUUUCUUCAGUAAGUAGCUGUGUGUCCCUCUGUCUCCAUAGUAGGCCUACCUGCCCCAUCAGUGACCUGUAGAUAACCCCCUGACCGUCGGUCCCUCUCUUCCUCCUCAUCAUCACCCGAUUCUCCAGAUGGGAAAGCGUGAAAGGCAGGAGGCAGACCCGCCGUACGUCAAGAAGCCUCCAAAUGCAUUCAUGGUCUUCAUAAAGGAGCAGAGGGCAAAUGUGAAUGCCCAAAUAAACAUGGGAGGCAGAGGCAGUGCGGCCGUGAAUACAGUGCUGGGACAGGUGUGGUCGUCACUGACCAGUGAGGAGCAGGUCAAAUAUUAUGACAUGGCCAAUGAGGAAAGACUGCUCCACGCCAAGCAAAACCCUGAAUGGACAAGCAGCAAUAACUAUGGCAAAAAGAAUAAGAAGCCCCGGAGGCUGUGUGUGUCAGUGCAGACAGCGUUGAUGGAGCCUUCCUCCUCACGAGCAGCUGUGACGGCGGCGCUUCCUCACACUGAGACAGUCCCGGUGCUGCAGCCACAAACACAGACUACAGUGACUCUGCCUGUGUGCGACAUGUGUCACCUGCCACAGCUCUAUAAGGUCGGCCCUGCCUGCUGGCUGAAUCCUCCAGGCCACGUCGCUGGCCUCUCCUGCCGCACCGACUCAAACACAGACAGAGUCCGCACACUUAGAGGAGGACAGGUGUCUCCCAAUGAUGGAGCAGCCACCUUCCCCUCACAGCUUCAGCUGUCCUCCUCUCCACACAUGGACAUCUGAUCUGGAGUCAUGUUCUUUAUUAAAUAAAUAAAUAAAAAGAACAUUCUUUUAAUUUGAAA